AUGCUUGGUCCUGAUCAGCCUGUGAUUCUGAAAGGUGUGGCUGCUACCACAAACGUUGUUGAAGCGUGUAAAGAUGUCAAUAUUGCCGUUAUGCUUGGUGGAUACCCACGGAAGGAAAUUACAUUAAGGAAGGAUAUGUUGUCUACAAAUGUGUCUAUUUACAAGGCUCAAACUUUGGCCUUGGAGGAGCAUGCUGCUGCAGAUUGCAAGGUUUUAGAGCCACACUCGAGGCGUGUGGACAAGGGGUUCAGCGAUGCGUGUGUGCUCGCGGAGGUGAGCCUCUUGCCUGAAAAAGUCCGCAUUGCAUCUGGGAGGCAUGCCAUGGCCAUGGCAGUGGGCAUUGUUGAUCAAGAAAGGCCUGGAAAGAAGUUGAAGCAGGUCCUGGUUGUUGUUACCGCGGGUUGA